UAUUUUCCCGCAAAAUAAUUCGCACCCUAAUAGUGUAUUAUGUGCUGUGGUGGAAAGUGCAAAAACUUUGCGACUGUACUUAUGUUAUUUUUCAGGUAUCUGUACUUAACUUGAGUGUUUAUUUUUAUGAUGGCGAAACAACUUGAAGGAGACAAACAAAGAAAAAGUCAACCACGGUUGAGGUCUUGACGUACAAAAGUAAUAAUUAUUUUUCUACUGUCAAUUAUAUACAUUUCCCGUUUUGAUAAUAUAUACCGUAAAUAUAGGUUAAUAGAUAUUUGAGCAAGUGUGAAUGAUGAUGUCAGUUCUUGAUUUAUGCUGUUACACUCCUUCCAGGUGAGGUCAGUAGUGAGACUAAACGUUGUUGAGUCUUCGUUUGGCGUUGAAGGAAGACGACCAGAUUCCAAAACAGGACCAAGAAGGCACAGUAAACUAAACAUUCGUCCGACGCUACUACGAUACGUUGUCGGGAGGUGGAGAGAAAUGCCGCCAGAUGAUGGCCCAUUACUGGAGAAAAAAACGGAACGUAAAUGCUGCUGAGGUGUUGAGCUGGAGAGGACGAGGUAUCAGAGAUGGUGGGACUCUAACGAGGCUCAAUACGAAGGUCCUAAGAGGCAUCCUUUUAGCGGAUCAUAGGGAUUUCUGUAAAGUGUGGAGCAAGACCUCUAAAUCCACAAUAUUGUAUGAAAACGGUAAAAUCUACCUGGAGAAUUACCUGAAGUGUUACAGCUGCGUUCAUUCCAAGCCUCACGCUCUCUACGAUUUGCCUAAACGAUCCAAAGUGGAUAAAUUUGAAGAUACCUUGCUGUGCCAGAGCCCACUUGAAACCACGCUAGCGUCUCCUUCUGAUCACAAGUCCAGUCAGCUGUUUUUGACAGCCAAUAAUUGGUUGUACCGCUUAUCAGAGUCAACGGGACAGGAGCUGGAGAGAGUUUUUCUCUCUUCAAAACACACGUUCAGGUACCUAAGCUGGGAUGUUUCUCAAGAGAUAUUUUAUGUUAAAUCAGUUCAAAACAAAGGCACAUCCUUAUCACGGCAGGCUGGUAUCACCCAGAAUACAGUGAUGCAUCUGAUCAUAUUCCAAGUUUUCCCCUUACAAAUUGUGGGCAUGAUGGAAGUCAACAAACAGGUAUUCGGGAACGGCAUUAUUGACGUUGAUUUAUCUCAGGGCGUCUUGGCCGUAUCCUACAGCAGAAAGGCAAUGAAGCUGUUUAGCUUUGAGCACAUUGUGCAAAAGUACCUGGUGGAGAAAUUAACGCUUGGGAAACCAAGUUCACUUCUCAGCGGCAAAACAGUGGGAGACGUUCCAUUUGGCAUUCCGGUAAAUAUCCACAUUACAGAUUGCCCUCCUGUGCUUUUUGAGGUGUCCUGCUCCAGUAACGGAGUGCAGAUUGGAGGCUUUCCUUGGCAUUACAUUCACACGCCGCCACAAAAAUGCCACCAGGGGACUCACCAAUUCCGCUCGCUCAAAGACGGCACCAUGGCAAUUAAUGGAAUACAGAAUAUGAGCUGUUACUCGCUAGAGAGCGAUGCCAUUUUCUUCCAUCCUGAUGACUCAGGAAGAAUCAUUCAUGCGGGGCCCAGGACCAUUAACAUUCUUAAAAUCCUUGGUGAGUUGAACAGCGGCUUGCCAUCAAAGGUAGUAGAAGAUUUCUCGAUGGCGAUUCAUCGGAACAACAUUUCUACCUCGCAAGUCACUGUCACCUCUUCAGGCCGCACAGUGAAAAGAAGAUUGCAGCAACUCGAUGAUGACCCUGAUCAGGAGACGUUCCGUACAGUCAUAUAUGAGGACGAACUGGACCUUUUGGCCGUGGUGGUCACCAACGGUGCAGAUGGGGAGGGGAAAGCUCAGGUCCGACUGCAUGACAACCAGAGUGGACAGUUACUGAAGACUGUUGAACUGUUGGAACCGUGGGAUGAGACUUACCGACAUGACCUGAUCUUUGACAAGGACACAAUUGCUCAUAUUGAACAAAAGAACACCAACGUCUGCUGCCACAUUUACAAGCUCAAAACUGCCACCAAACAGGACCAACGGUGAAUGUCAGGCGCUUUUAGUUUUUAGUUUGUUUGAGUUUGUUACUUUGUGCAAUUUUAGAGUUUAGUACAUUUGAAAUAAUUUGUAAUUUUUGUUUAAAUAAAAAAAAUAAAAAAACAA